UUGCAGUUUAUUUAAUUGUAUUACAUUCCAUCUUAUGUUAUUACAUUUUAUUGCAUUUUAUUGCACAACAAUCCAGAUGACAUCGCAGAGACCCCCUUUAUAUCUUGUUUUUUUUUAUAAAAGAAAACCAAAGGACGUGUUUGCGAUAUCUUUUGGAUGUUUGUGACACCUGGGUGUGUAUACCUGCCUCGAACAGCUUAUACUUGCAUAUAUGUGUCCGUUGCAGCAGCAAUAACGCCGUACCAACUUGCGCAGCGCGUAAACAGGGCGAGGCGCAGAAGGAUGCAAGCGAAGAACAGGCGCCUGCGGGAGAUCAUUCCCAGUUUCGCCCGCUCCGCCAUCGCAGCGGCACAGUCGGCGAUCGACGCCCGUCGGGACGCGGUUGUUUCGCGAACGAACGUUGCCGUCGACGCCGAAGUUGUUGCCGUCGGACGGCGCAAUGCAGCCAACCGAGCAGAGGACGCGCGACGACUCGCCGUCCAGGCGGAACAGACGUUGACGCGAUACGUAAACGUCAUGGAGCAGGCCACUACCAAUAUGCGGGAGAUGGGCAGCCGCGGCCUCUCACUGGCGCUUGCUGCCAACGAGGCGCGCAGAUACGCGGAGGGCGAAGCGCAGCAAGAUGAAUCGGAAGACACCUCCGCGAUCGACGACGAGGUCGAUGACUUUGACGCUUUCGGCGAUUAGGAGGCUCAACCACAGAGGACAUAUAUACAGGGUGUCUGAGACCACCCGUACAUGCCGAAUAUUUUGAUA